AUGCAGACCCCAGGGCCUGAACAUGAUGACUCUUUCGAUUUUCUGUUUAAGAUCAUCCUGAUUGGAGACUCUAACGUAGGGAAGACCUGUGUGGUUCACAAUUUCAAGUCAGGGAUUUUCUCAGAGAAACAGCAGAACACCAUCGGAGUGGAUUUCAGUGUACGGACCGUGGAUAUAGAGGGGAAGAAAGUUAAGAUGCAGGUGUGGGACACGGCAGGUCAGGAGAGGUUUCGUACCAUCACCCAAAGCUACUACCGCAGCGCCCACGGAGCAAUCAUUGCCUAUGACAUCACAAGACACCCGACUUUUGACUCAGUGACUCACUGGAUCAAGGAGGUGCAGCUAUAUGGAGCAUCCAAUGUAGUGCUGGUUCUCAUAGGUAACAAAAGUGACCUGGAGCAGGAACGUCAGGUUCUGUUUGAGGAAGCCUGUAACCUGGCAAAGGAGGGCGGCAUACUAGCUGCGCUAGAAACAUCUGCAAAGGAGAGUCAGAACGUGGAAGAAGCUUUCAUGAUGAUGGCCAGGGAGCUGCUGUCUCGCAACGGCCAUAAUAUCCAGCAGGAGGACUUUGUGAGCAACAACACACCUCGAGUUCUCAUCCGUGCCAACUCUCGGCCGGUCAAUGGCCUCCCAGCUGCCUACACAACACCAGAGAAGAAGUCAUGUUGCUGAUUCAAAUGUGGACAGGACAGGGAGGAUAAAACGUGACUAAUGUUGGAAAUUAAGAGUCGACAGUGGAUGAGGAAGACGGUGAAGGGAACUCUUCAUCAUGAAUGUUGGAGAAGAGGAACAGGAUAAGAUACAAAGAUGCAUGGAUGUGGGGAAUGUAGCAGGCAAGACCUAAUGAACCAAAAAUCUUUGCAUUGAGGAAGUUUAGGCAGUUAUUGUAAAGUACUGAAAAAUCAUUUCAGUGUACUUUUCUGUGGCUUACCUGACCCGAGAGUUGUUCAGCUGCUGCUACAAGGACAAGAAAGUCAUACCAGGAAUGUUUAGUAAUGGGGGAGUAAGAGACAGCAGGGACAGUGGUGAUCAGUUUUGGGUAAAGUUACAGUAAGCCAAUCUCAUGUAUGUCGACUACACUUAGAAUGUUUUUUCUCCUCUGAUUGAUGUUAUAUUAUCUGUACAAAAUGUUGUCGGACUGUUACUAUCCUAAUGUUUUAUAAGAAAAAGCAGAAUUUUCAGAACUUAUUGUGAUCACCUCUGUGUUCUCGGGGAAAAUGUCCCGGAUGACCUGCUACAAGCCAGAAGACUGUGAAUUAUACAAUUUUGUUUGACUUUUGAUACUUCUUUCCUAAUGAUGUCUCACAUUGUCAUCAAUGUCUAUAAUAGGCUGUGGAUGUGUUCUGAACUGAUUCUCUCAAAUUCUGAUCAGUUUACAUGAUGAAGCAGGACAUAAUUUGACUCUCCGUGAGAAACUAAAUCUCUUUACAGGCUUUGUUUAAGGCUGUCGUGUACAUUGCAGGAAAACCAGUGUAAAGUUAGAAAAUUGUUGGGCCUUCAGUGGACCACUUCAUUGUGAACAUUAGAGGGCACUGUGCUGUUGCACAUAAUCUUUAACUGCAGGUUGGUUGCUCAUUACCUUCAACAAUAAAUACCAAGGUGAUUCAAAACAUCCGUGACCGCACAGACUCCGCAAGGAACAAUUAGCUAAGUUUACAUGCAACCCAGUAAACAGGAAAAAAGAAAAAUCACCUUUAAGGCUAAACUUCCUGCCAACAGAACAGUCAAACUGAAGUAACUGAGCUGACAAAGCUUCCAUCCAGGAUAUAAUCUUUCUUUGUGUCUAAAGCCAAGUUGGCAGGUCUUAUUUAAACACUAAACUGGAAGUCAUGUACUUUAGCUGGACUUGCACUGAUUGUUACAAUGAU